UUAGCUUGCUACCACGCGCUCCUGACUAUUAUAAAAUAUUCGCUGUAUAUUUAUCAACUGUUUACAAUAUUGGACCGUACGAAGAGAAAAAACAUGAUAUUCAUUGUAAAUAUGCAAUGAAACCCGAAACUCGUUUCAUAUGCAACGAGAUGGUCGAAGAUCGCGUUCAGGGACAUCAGUGCCUUCCUUACUCUGAUCAAGUCUGGACCAGUGUUGUCUAGGAACAGUGAUAUUAAACAAAAUUGUCCUUAAAUUAUGUCCAUUAUGAGGGUUGUGGCUAUUACCGGUUGUGACAGUGGUCUAGGAUGGGCUAUAGCCGCUAGGACGGCCCGCGAAGGAAUCGUUACUGUGGCUGGUAUGUAUAAUGGAGUUGAUACCAGGGCAGCAGAGAGUUUGAAGAAGUUAAGUGCACAUCCUUACUCCUUGGAUGUGACGAACCCAGAUAGUAUUGCUGGGUUUCAUGAUUAUGUCAAAAGCUUGCUAAAUGACAACCCUAACUACAAACUCCAUGCAGUCGUAAACAACGCUGGUGUGAUGACAAUAGGUGAUUAUGAAUGGCAAACAGCCUCAAUGAUUGAAAACACAAUAAAUGUGAACCUCCUCGGUACCAUGAAGGUUACUUCUGCCUUCCUUCCAGAUUUAAGGCAGAGUGCUUUAGAGAACACGAGUUCAUCAAAACCUCGUAUAAUUAACAUCGCCAGUCACUGUGGCUUGCGUCCGUUGCCUGGUUUCGCAGCGUACAGCGCCAGCAAGGCAGGUGUGAUAGCCUUAACUAAAGCUUUGAGGCUGGAACAUCGCAGACAUGGAUUGAGUGCUGUCGCUUUUAUACCUGGUGGCUUCGUCAGUUCCAGUAACAUAAUAGCUAACCAAGGACAACAAGGACAAAACAUGCUCGAACAUUUGAAUGAGGAACAGAAAUCUUUUUACGGGCAAAGAAUAACAACACUCUCAAAUUAUCUUCAGUUGGCGACGGCUCAUGAUCCAAGAUAUGAUUCUAUGAAAGACGAGAAUAUUAUUGAAACAUACGUCAAAGCUUUGACUGACGAUGAUCCUAAACAAAUGUAUAAAGUUGAAUCAUGGAGAUACUUUUUUUACUACAAUCUUUUCAAAUUGCCUCUGCCAGAAGCCGUUAUUGCCUGGCUUGUUAAAAAGUUUCUGUGUUUUCCCGAAUAAUUUUUAAAAUUAGAAUUUCAUAAAUAUCUACGUACCUAUUGUGUUAAACUGUUAUUUAGAUGAAUGCACAUUGUAUUGUAUCUGUACAUGUACAAGCAAUACAGGUAGAUUAACUUCAGGAUCAGCUAUUGUUUAGUUGUAAGUGCAAUUCUUUUUUAAUAUUGUUAAUGGUUUUCUAAUCAUUUUAUGUCAUUUUAUGCAUC